AUGUCCAUCGAUGCUUUUUAUCGCAUGAUGCUGCAUUUUUCAGCAGCAUGUGUAUGGAAAGAUGAUCUUUUGGAGCGGAGACAGUCCAAGAUUGUCACUAAAACAGUCUGGUCUGUGCAAGACACAUCAACUUUGCUUCUCCUCAAGGGUACCUUUUUUCGUGCCAGAACGUGCCGUGCCGCCACGGUACUUAUAAUGCCUAACGGGCCCUAUAUAUACGUCCCGUUAGCCCAUGCUGGAACUCUCCUCGGAAAAAUCACUACUUUUGAAGACAAGCACACCUUGGCUGCAGAUGCCCUCCUUGUCAAGCUUCAACAGGCGCUCCGCCGCCUUUCACAGCGGCGUUCAUCAUGGGAUGAGCGCGUGGCCUUCUUCCAAUGGAUAAUGCGCGGAGCCAUUGCGUAUGUCCCUCUUGUUGGUCUUCCUCCCCCGAUUGAGCUCCACAAAAUUGACGCGGCCUUCCAGCAUCUCCUUCUGGCAGGUCUGUGUGUCCGCUCCACUGUGGAGCGCAUGAGUCUGCUUGUGGCCGCAUCCAGCGGCGGCCUCCAAAUUCCCAGCGUCGUUGAAAGCGUGCUAGCGGCUGCUGCUUCGGAUCUGCUGCUCCUCCUCAGUGGUUACACAACGGCAUCCAUCCUUGCCCGGGAUGCGUUACGGGAGGUUCUCUUCCUCCCCGGAGCGGAAGCCGAGCAGGCUACUGGGUUGGUAGUGCAGGCCAUCCGUCUUUUGGCACACUACGGCAUCUACAUCAAUGUGCAAACAGACCGCUUUACAUCACGGGUUCUCGAUGGGCUGCCAGCACAGUCUGCCCACCUUCUGGUUGGUCCAUACAAGUCAACACCUCCCUCAGUCACAGUGGCUCGGGUUGGAUUCGUGGCCAAUACUUCCCGAUUGCUUUUCCAAUCAUGGGACAUGGAAGGGCGGCCAGCUCAUAGCUGGUCAGCCGUUGGAUUGUAUCAAGAGGUUCUACCACCUGCAUUCCUUUUCACACCUCUCCAAUGUUCUCGCGCUGUCGCGCAUGCGCAAGCUAUAGCACGGCGUACCGAGUGCUCCCUUUUGCGGCCAGGCUUCCCGCCCCCCCAGAUUCCUGAAGAAUGGCCAGCCACUGCUUGGGAACAUCCAGCUUUGUCCGCCAGCCCACGAGCUGACUAUCUGGAUUCCUUCACACCAUUUCCCACGGGUGCGGACUUUGGCAUAUUCAGCGAUGGAGGAUUCUCUGGGGGCGAUAAAGCGUCCUUCAGUUGCCAAGCCCGCUCCUUUGGUGAUCCUCCCGGGUAUUGGGAUUCCAGCACUGUCAUGACAUCCCCCAUAGUCAGUCGUCUUCCCACAGCCUAUGGGAACGCUGCCUGCGACAUCCACACCGCCGAGCUGAUGGGCAUGAUUGCCGGCCUUCGAUAUCGCAGCCCGGCAAUUGGAACCUGUAUGUUGGGUGUCCUCCGCUCAGCCAACAUCCCGCUAGUCACCCGUGUGCAAACUACUCUCCAACGCCUCAAGAAAAGUUGGGUGUCUCCACCAACAGCGCUUCCGAGCUUGCGCCUCCACCAGAUUACGUUCCCUGACCAGUGGAAUGUCCAAAAACUUGAAGCAGAGCGACAUGUCUGGUACAGUCAGAUUGCCUUCUGCGAAUUUGGUCUGGUAGGUGUGGAUGUACGUAGCCACCAAGUAGGAGCAAAGGUGCCCAUGCCCAUCAUCGUCCAGGGCAAUGAAGCACAAGAUCGGCUGUGUGGCACUGCUCUGCAGCAGCCCCUUCCCCAUCCUGUGCUACUGCCUUCCGGAGGCACAUUUGCAUUCCUCAGCAUCCAACGUACCAUGGUCACCUCUCCUGCACGGGCGGCUGUUCGCGCCUUGCUUCGGCAGCAGGCCCUCUCCGAAUGGCAACGCCGUCCUGUUCAAGGUAAACUUGCUUCAUUGCAACAGCGAGUCUUCACUGCUUCCCUUGAUCCGCACUUCUAUACGUCAUGCUCAACGCUCCCUGCCUCAUCUAUUUUGCGUCUGGCGCAUGAUCCUCACACAGUUGACCUGUCAGCAACUAUUUUCCGCUGCGUUCGCCUCAUUGGUGGAGGAUGGACUGAGCAGCUCAAAGUUCAGCCUGAGUAUGCGCGUGUUGCGCAAUUUCUAUAUGAGCGAAAUCUCCUUGACACACCUUGCACAUGCCCCCUGUGUCGACUCUCCCCGGGUACACCCCGACACACCACCAUGGAUUGUCCAGUGACGAAGCCAUUGGCAGAUGCUUUGCGCUCCAUCUUCGAGCAGCAUCUGCAAAAGCUGGAUGGGCGGGGCACGAUCUCAUCUGCUGCUCGUGCGUGGCAGCGUUCUCUCAGUCAGCAAGGCCAGGCUCAUCUGUUGCAGGAGCCAGACCCUGUAUCCGCCAGGCAGUGGCCUCUUCUCUCUGCUUGGAGGUGGCUCGUGCACAUUCCUUCUCGUCAGGCUGAGCUUACCUCCGACGUGGCUGGACACAGUGUGUCGGCAGUCUUAGCCGAGGGAGAAAGUGAUCUGGCGCAUCGCGGCGUCCUCCCGAUGGAUUUCGGUAAUGCCAUAUACUGCGGGCGGGCCGUUCUCUUGCUGAGUAUCAGGUUCUCAGCCUGGUGCUCCACUCCGGCUGGGCAUGGUGUCCUCCAACAACUGCGUUGGUUGGCACCUACUCAACCAAUCCUUGUCGCACGGCUCCAGGCUGAGCUAGGCACAGUGCCUGCCUCCUCUCAAGCCUUUUGGGUAUCACUCUCACAAUUUCGAAGAGUUCCUAUUCGCACGGGUACAUCCCUUAGUUGGAGUUUUCACCUGUCGUGGGAUGAUGCCAAAUCUCUUUACACACCCGCUGCACCUGUGACCUGCUCCCUGGUCCUAUCCCAGCCCUCUGUCUCUGCCCCACCUGCGGGAAAGCGCAACUCAGUCCGCUUCCACCGAAACUUUGCCUUGUGUUUGGUGCGGUCAGAUUGGUCCUUGUGUUUGCAUCAGCUGCCGGCGGACAAUUCACUUUCGUCCACACUGUGGCCGCUGGAACUGCGGGGCGCAUCAAGCAUAUGCCCCACCCCAGACCACACCAUCUGCCUCUGCCCAGACUGUGCCCACUCCUGGAUGCACCUUGCAGCUUCCUCUCCAAUCCGUGUGCUCCGCCCCGCUGCUCCGCGAGAGUCACAAUAUCGCUCAGCAAACCGGCCUCAGUUGCCGUCGCAUCAAACGUUGGCUCCUUCGCUACCCCCAGAGGCACUCGGGGCCCAUCCCUGUUUCAACCAUUCGCAUCGCAUCGAUUGUCUAUCUGCUUUUGCCGGUGCUCCUGACCUCAACCCAAUCUUCACCACAGUCAUCAGCAACAUGCGUCGGGAAGGAGCUCUCCUCUGCGCCGCUGCGCACGUGAAAACGUUCCCGCAGGGACGCACCAAGCUGUGGCUAACGUGCGGCAAAGAGGCUUUUCGCAGUGCGAUUGCCACACGGGGUGGUACAACAAGUAUCCUGGUUGACGAAGCCAAAUUUGAGAGGUUUUCACAUCGCCAAGCGGUCGCCCAUCCUGAGGCAAAGGUCAUUGUUACUGGAGUGAGGCAGGGAUCUGUUCGAAAGCUGUGCCCUGCCCUGGGCACGACAAGAUUGCGGUGGGCUCAACAUGCCUUUGUGGUGAUAAAGAAGCCAAAGAAGGUCAGUUUUGCUCCUCAGCUGCCUCGGGUCCACGAUGCUGAGUGGGUGGGUGGUCACCCACCUUUGCAAGAGAAGAGUCGAAGAGCUGUCCAAGCUUUGAUGUGA